AUGCUCGUUCCCUGGCUGCUUCUGGGUCUUGCUGCCCUUGUUUACCCUGUUGAAAGUACUAGCUGGGGCUGCUAUGGAAAUGUCAGAAACAUCGAUACCCCUGGAGCUUCAUGUAUAAUCGGAAGACAGCGAGGACUGAAUUACUGUGGUGUCCGAGCUUCUGAAAGGCUGGCUGAAAUGGACUUGCCGUAUGUCCAGAGAUAUCAGCCCACACUGAGGGUGAUUGGCCGAAAAUACUGUGUGGAUCCUGCUGUGAUUGCUGGUAUCAUGUCCCGGGAGUCAUAUGGAGGCAAUGUCCUUGUCAGUGGGGGGAAUGUAGUCAAUGGAAAUGUUUUGGUGCAGACUGGUGGUGUCCAGAACAUUCCUACAUAUUGGACCAGUGAACCACGGGUUGCUCAAAUUAGCAACACUCUGACUAUGAGAAUAAAAGAAAUUCAGAGGAGAUUCCCAACGUGGACCACCGACCAGUAUCUGAGAGGUGGACUCUGUGCCUACAAUAAAGGAAUAGGAUAUGUCACAAGUAAUCAAGACCUCAAUUGUGACUUUGGUAAUGAUGUCCUGGCUCGAGCCAGAUAUUAUAAGAGAUGUGGAUUCUAA